GCUAUCGCAUGGUAAACGUACACUUUUAUGACAAUUGUUCAGCUUGUUCAAACAUUACAUCAAUUAUAUAUAAUACAUAAUGGCAGAGAGUAUUAAAAUAGAAACUUCUAUGAAAGAUUUAGACAAUGACACAGUUAAAAAAGCCUGUGCUCUCUGUUUAAAAGGUGCUGCAAAGUACACAUGCCCAAGGUGUAAUGUCCAAUACUGUUCAGUUGAUUGCUACAGAUCAGAGAAGCACAGGGGUUGCUCAGAAAAUUUCUACAAAGAUUGCUUUAUGGAAGGACUGAAGGAAUGCGAUACAGACCCAGAAGAGAAACAAAAGGUCAUGGAAAUGUUACAGAGGGUUGAAGGUGCUCCUGACUUAGAUGAUGGUGACUCCAGUGAAGAUGACCUUGAAGAGAGGUUGGGUGACCUUGACCUGAAUGAAGAUGUUGACAAAGUCUGGGAUCGGCUCACAGACAAAGAGAAGCAAGAAUUCAAAUCUAUGACAACAGAUGGUCGCCUUGGAAACCUAGUUGACUUGUGGGUACCUUGGUGGGAAACACAUUUGCCAAUGGUGACGGAAGUCAAAAGAUUACCCGAAAAGCCGUCUGAUCAAUCUGAUAGGUCAUCAACAAAAUUAGAAAAAUCAUCUAAAAAACUUGAAAGGAUAUCUGAAAAGUCAUCUAAAAAAUCAGUUUCAUUCGAAAAAUCUGAAGUGUCACCUGAAAGGUCUGAUGAAGAAGUUCAGAUGUCCUCUGGUUCAAACUGUCCUAAAAUUCUGGCACAGAUUCCGCAGAUGUUUGAUCUGAUUAAAACAAAACCAUCUGCAGAUAUGAAGUGCAAUGUAGUGAAUGUUUUGUAUGGUUACGCAUAUGUGAGCAGACUUCAUAAUGGUGACCAUGUCACCAUGGCAACAGAAAGUGCUGAGGACAUUCUGGAAAUAUCUGAAGUAAUGGGACAAGGUCACACAUGUGGAUCUGUUGAAGAGGCUAUACAAAUGUGUUUUAGGAACUUAACAGACCCUAAGAGUAGUUUUGAAUCAACAACAGAUUGGAAUUUGAAGAUUAUCAAAGAUGUUGAAAAAUUGAUGAUAAAUGAAAACAAAGCAGAUCCAUUACACUUUCCAAUGGCAGCAUUGUCUGAUGUUCACCAAAUUUUCAAGAAUGCACAUAAAAUUGUUCAAAAACAGGUGAAAAGUGACUCUCUCAAGACCAAGAAAGAAGAAUUAGUUAAGGAGAAAAGCAAGCUUUUCCAUUGUGUAAAGAAAUGUGAAUUCCUACUAAGCUGGUGUCAAACUUAUGGAAUGGCUUUAUGUGGACUGGUCACAGAAGUUGACUUAGUUUACUCAUUGCUGGCAACUGAGUUUGAAGCACUUAACCAGUCCAAGAAAAAGCUGGAGACACAGUGGGGAGGAAUGGUGAAACCUAGAAGGAAAAAGCUGGUGGAAGAAUUAUAGUAAUAAAAACCUCUCAGUCUGUGCUAACAGGUCUCAAUGUUAGAAGCUGAUACGUGAAUGUGGCUAUACAUUGCAAGAUAUCAGUCUGAUAUCUGAAUAUGAUGACAAUCUAGUAAUUUUACCCAUUCAUUCAGUUGAUUAUUAAGAAACAUAUAGUAUAAAAUUACAACAAAGGACAAUAUUCAUUUGUUUGUUAAUUAUUUAUGAAUAACAGAUACCUGUUACACUAAUUGGUAAAGACAAACCUGAAAUGGACACAAGCAGUAAACCAUACAUGUUUUUAAUAAAAGUAGUUAUACCAUAUUUUGUACUUAAGAUCAUCUGUGUUUCAAGACACAUUGUUGACAAAUGCCAUGAAAUGCUAAAUCCAAUGACCAGUCAGCUGUAAGUGUAAUAUGCCACUGAUGACACUGAUGAAGUUUUAUGCAUUGAAUAAACCA